AUGACUACGGCUAAUAACGCGCCAACGGCACCAUCUUGGCAAGAGCGUAGUUGGCCCUCGUUUCAACAUGGCCGGUUGUUCGACUUUACGGACGUUGAUUUCGAUGUCAAUAGUUUCGUUGACGAUGGUAAUAUCAGUUUCAAUGUGCCUACCGACUUGAGUUCCCUCGCCAAUACCUCAUCAAACCACCUUUUGGAAGACAACGAAAUUCAUGUGGUCUCGUCGAUAAAUGCAACAAAUACCGAUUUACCAAAGGAAAAAUCGCCAAACUUGUCCGACCUGAUUAUUUCACCAAAUUACACGCUACAGUAUUUCGAGGAGAUUGAGAACGAACGAAAGAGCGUACCCCAGUUAUCGGAGACGUUGCAGAGCUCGAUUGCUUCUACGCCCGGCCAGCCAAGCCAGCGAGCUGAUGAUCCUGAAAACCUCAAUGUCCUUCACAAGGAGCCCGUGCCAUGGUCGGACACUCCGGAGAUGGUAAAGCAACUUUUCGACAAUCAUCUUUGGAAUGUUCUUUCUAUCAAGGACGAUCGGACCACGAAUCCAUGGCGAAUUUAUGUGUGGCCGAUUGCUGGAAGGCUUGUUCGAGACGCUCUCGACAAACAUCGGACUACGAGGCUAACAGGCAACGAAAUGUACCGUCUGAACUUUCUGGCACGCACCUGGAUGUAUAAGGAUGUCAUGAUUCGCUUGACAACCUCAGAUGAUGACGAAUCUGUUGAUCUGGAGACCAUGACAGCCUGUACGCAGCUUUAUCCUUUGCCAGAGGAACAGCAGCUCGAUCCACUUCUUGGUUGUGCUACCACGCUAUUCCCGUUGAUUGGACGGCUAACCGAUAUCAUUAAGUCUGUUCGACGAAGAACCGAAAAACAUAACUCCCCAUCCAUUAUCUCCAAAGGCGCGGAACUACGGAUGGCAAUCGAGGGUUGGAGUCCUUCUUUUGAUCCACAGCGGCCAGAAGGCCUUAGUACGCCUCACAUCUCCGAUGUCAUACAGACGGCUGAGGCACAUCGCUGGGCAGCGCUGUUGCUACUUCGGCAAGCCGUACCAGAACUCCCAUGGGCUCAUUCGAUCUGGGAACUGGCAGAGAAAGUUUCAAUCUACCUUGCAACAACGCCCGUCACAUCUCGAACAAUGAUCAUACAGACAUUCCCUCUCAUGGCCAUUGGCGGUGAGGCUUUUGAUCAAGAAGAUCGCAACUGGGUAUGCGAGAGGUGGGAUUUCAUGUCCAAGCGCAUGCCACUUGCGAGACUGGACAAAUGCAAGAGAGUCACAAAGGAGGUCUGGCGGAGGAGGGAUGUAUUUGAAGCACAAUCCGGAACAUGCCCUAGCUGUGGCGCUUACCGACUUACUAGCUCGUCAAGAAUCAGUCCUACCAUGGAUACGACUACUGCCUUGAUAGAUACCGCCGACUUAUCUGUUGCAUCAUCAUUGAAGAAGUCCGAGGAAGGAAGCAGACGCUGCCAAUGCAGCACCGCGGCGGCAACAAGGAUCACUACGGCGCCAGCGUCCAAUUUUCCAGACUCUUUGGCUUUCAAAAAGGGAGUGGACAACAUCACUAGGGCAGGCAAUCUGCAUUACACAGUGAGAGGGGAUUUGCACCGGUUGGAAGUCAUGAAAGAUUGGAACUGGGAAGGUGAGUUCCACAGUCGUGCUUGGGUGAAGAAUGUGAUCCCGAUAUUGUGA